UUUCCAUCCCAAAUUCCCAACCCAGCAGACAUUCCCAACCACCAAAGCCUCCGCCGCCUCCCUCCAUUUCUUCUCUGCUUCGUCCUCCCAACCCGUCGCUGAGCACCCGCUACGAAUCGCCCAGAAAAGCUCUCCUCCUCCGCCUCGCCCGCCAAGAAUUUGUGGUAUCUGCCAUGGACCGGUCCAAGUCGUACGCCGGCGGGCGCAUGCAGAUCGAGCCGUACUACGGCAGCGGCGGCGGCGCGCGGCCGGACUUCCGGUCCUACUCGUACAGCGCCGGCGGCGGCGUCGGAGGCGGGAUGGGGAUGUCGUCGUACUCGUACCAGUACGAGUACGGGUACGGCGGCGGCGCGGCGGGGGCGGGGGCGGGGGCGGCGGCGGACGGGGACCUGAAGCGGAGCAAGUCGUCGAAGCGGCGGUGGCUGGCGCUGGGGGACCCGGACUUGGAUCGCAAGCGGCGGGUGGUGGCGUACAAGGCCUACGCCGUGGAGGGCAAGGUGAAGGGCUCCUUCCGCAAGAGCUUCAAGUGGAUCAAGGACCGCUACCUCCACCUCGUCUACGGAUGGUCCUGACUCCUGACUCCUGAAGCAAAUCAGCAGCAGCAACCUCUAGUUUUGGCUGCCUCUUCUUCGAUUCUCUCUCCGUUCAAGUGUUCAUGCUUGUUUGCUUGCUUGCUUCGAUCAUGGUGAGUACGACACGAUCGAGUAAAUAUUAGUAAGAAACAGUAUACAUACACAUUACACGCUGCUUCGAUUUUCCUUCUCCUUUUUCGGGGGCUUUGGUAGUAGAUGGUGUUUGUUCUUGAUCGAUGAUGAUACUUCAAACAGUCGAGUGUUAUAUCCCAAAGAAAAAAAAAACAGGUCAAGUUGUGUUUGAUGGAUGAUGUAACCUAAUGAAGGGGAUGUUGUUCGAAAUUGUUCUUGGAUGAGUCCAUCGAUCGUUUGAUCUUCUCAGCUCUUCUAGAUGGGCUGUGUUCAGAUGUAACAAGCUCUUUGAUUU